GACGCGGAUGCUAGACAGAUGUGGACAUGUCCAUGUAUUCAGCAAACCAGUAUGACGGAGCCUUCAAGUCGCAGAGGCUGCAGAACUGGUGUGAACCCAAGCACUUCAAAGAGAGACCCACUGAACAGGAGGGUCACACCACCUUCAUUGCUGAUAAUAGAGGACAUCUGCUCCCAGGAGUGAUAAAGAGGGGCAAGGCAUGGCCAGACUUUAAGGGGACCUGGGAUCUCCCUGCUCGUAUUCCAGCGCGCCGCAUCAACCCUACAAGCCGCUCUGCACAGGGCCUCAACAGGCUGAAGUCCUGGGGCUUUGACCCACAGCACUCUGGCAGCAAAAACACAGACGGGCUGCAGGAUGUUGGCGGCCCCACUAUGCAGACCAACAGGGAUGAACAGCAGAAUGGUGCUGCCCUGGCAGCGAGCCAAGAAGCACCCUCCUCCUCCUCCAAGCAGACACACAGAGACGAACAUCAAGACCAGUGACAUUCAUUUCAUUCUUAAUGGAUUACAAAAACCUGCAGCCUCAGUUUCGACUUAUUUUAGCAUGUCUGAUUGUUACUCAUGACUCAUGACUCAUGACAGGUCAACAUUUGGUCAUUGUAAAAAGCAUGACAAAGCUUUUUGUGAUUUCUACCCUUUUUACAAUGCCUGUAUC